AUGAAUAAUUUUCCUAACAGCUUAAAUCGAUCAAAGCAAGAAUAUGCAAAAAAACUGGAAAAAGUUGUUGCUUUUAUGACUAAACAUAACUUUUCGCACCCAUUUAUUACACAAGCCUGCAAGUUCUUAAACUUUUUGCCAGAGCAACUUAUUAAAAAGUCAUUUGAUGAGAUGUCUGAUCCAAAAAUUAGCAAAGAUAUACAGAUUCUCAGAUAUAAUCACUAUGAAGCAAGAAGGUCAGCAAAAGUAACAAUGGUUGCCCAAUAUAUACUCGAAAACAACUUGUUAUCAUCACCGCACUCAAAGAAUAACAGUAGCAUUUUCCAGGCUGGAAUUUUUAUUACUCCAGUCAGGGAUUCAUCGACUCCAUCUCUUUCUCCGAAGAGGAAAUAUUAUAUUAGAUCUGUAACUCCCGACAUCCCACUAACUGUUCCUAUUUCUCCAGGAGAAUUAAACCAAAAACGUUUAAGGUUCGCAAGAAAUCAAUCAAUUAGAUAUAAAAAAGUUUUAGACAACAAGAAGAAAAUCAAAGUUUCUGAGGAAGAAAAAACCAAGGAGUAUAUAAAAAGAUUUGAACAAAAAGAAAAAUCAAUAGAGAUAGAAAGACAGUUACAAUCCAAAGAAAGAAGUCUCAAAAUAUCUAAAUUGGAAGAAAAAAGAAAAGCUAUGCUGCUAAAGAAAUAUCAGCAAACUAUGAUAAGCGAAAAUGAAGCUUUAAAGAUGUAUCAUAGCUUCAGCAACGAUUUAAAAUCAAAAGAAUCAUUUAGUACAAGUCCGACAAGAAGACUGAAUUUAGACGAAGAGUAUUUUGAUGAUAAAUAUGAUGAUGAAGAAACUUUAACUCAGUUACAAAGAAUUAAUAAAAAAUUAGAAGAAUCUGCAAGAAAAGCUCAACUUUCCAUAAUGGAAAAAGCGAGCUCAAGCUAUGUAAGAAGUCUUUCUGCAGCAAGAGCAAGAGAAGCCAGAGAGACUUUGAAUUCUCGGAUGGAAGAAAAGAGAAUUGUAAGGAUAUUGAAGUUGCAAGAGAAUACAGAAAAAUCUGAGGUAAUUUUAACUUAGAGAAUACGAAAAGCUAAGCUUGCCGAAGAAACAAAAAGAAUUUCAGAACUAAAUAAAGGAAUUCAUAUAAAGCGCCAAGAAGAGCAAAGAAAAGAGUUGGAAUCAACUUUGAAAAAAGAAGACGUUUUAAAUUGCAACGAAGCGAAAAGAGAAAAGGCAAGGGCUGAAAUCAAAGAAGCAACUUUGAAAAAAACAUUAUUACUUGCUGAAAAAAAUAUCCUGAAGAAAAGAGAUCAAGAAGAAAACUUACUAAGGCAAAGCAAAAAAAUUGACGAUUUCUUCAUGAAAGUUUUAAAUAAGUAUGAAGAUGAGAAAAGAAAAACACCAUCACCUAGCAAUUUGGCUAAGAUGAACACAGGAGGAAUUAUUGUACUUGAAAAAUGUAAAAAAUCAAUAUAA